AUGAAAUUAAAAUCAAUUUUAAUAGCUUCAUUAACUGCAGGAUUUCUUUAUUCUUGCGAUGCUGAAGAAAAAAAAGUAGAAGCUGAAGUAGAAAAUUCUUUUGAACUCGUAAAUUACGACAACAGUGGAGAGUUUUCUUAUCAAGUAGAUAAAUUUGGUGACAUUGAAGUCAUCCGAUAUAAAAUUCCUUCUUGGGAAAAUUUAAGCUUACAACAAAAAAAAUAUGCUUAUUACUUGACUAUGGCUGGAUAUGCUGGUAGAGAAAUAAUCUACGACCAAAAUUACAGACAUAACUUAGCUAUUAAAAGAGCUUUAGAAAAAGUCUAUACUGAUUUUGUUGGAGACCGAGAUUCUGAAGAUUUUCAAAACCUUACUACUUAUUUAAAAAGGAUUUGGUUUGCAAACGGAAUCCACCAUCAUUAUUCUAACGAUAAGUUUAAACCUGAAUUUAGCGUAGAAUUUUUGGACAUGGCUAUGGAAAAAGUAGGAGCUUCUCUAAAUGACGAAGCAAAAAAAGCAAUUUUUGAUCCUUCCUUUGAUGCUAAAAAAGUAAAUCUUUCUAAAGAUGUAGACUUAGUUAAUGCUUCUGCUGUAAAUAUGUAUGCUCCUGAAUUGACACAAGCCGAAGUUGAAGAGUAUUAUAAGUCAAUUAUUGACACUUUAAACCCAACUCCUGUUGAAUAUGGACUUAACUCCAAACUUGCCAAAGAUGAAAACGGAAAAGUCUACGAACAGGUAUACAAGAAAGGUGGAAUGUACGACAAAGCGAUAGUAGAAAUUAUAGGCUGGUUAGAAAAAGCUGUUACUGUUGCAGAAAAUGUGAAACAAGCUCAUGCACUUGAGAUGUUAAUUGAAUAUUAUAAAUCUGGAGAUCUUAAAAUCUGGAGUGAAUACAACAUUGCUUGGGUAGAGGCUACUGAAGGAGACAUUGACUACAUCAAUAGUUUUAUUGAAGUAUAUAAUGAUCCUCUUGGAUACUCUGGUUCAUUUGAGACCGUGGUUGAGUUAAAAGAUUUCAAAAUGACUGAGAUUAUGUCUGUCGUUUCUGAAAAUGUACAAUGGUUUGAGGACAACGCUCCUUUAAUGCCGGAACACAAAAAGAAAAAAGUAAAAGGAGUUUCUUACAAAGUAGUUGACGUUGCUGGUGAAGCUGGUGAUGCCUCUCCUUCUACACCAAUUGGAGUAAACUUGCCUAAUGCCAACUGGAUUCGUUCGACUCAUGGAUCAAAAUCAGUUUCAUUAGGAAACAUCAUCUCUGCUUAUAACGAAGCUGGAGGUAGUGGUAUUUUGAAAGAAUUUGCUCACGAUGAAGAAGAAAUAAAAUUAAGUGAAGCACAUGGAAAAGUAGCUGGAAAAAUGCAUACUGCUCUUCACGAAGUGGUAGGACAUGCUUCUGGACAAUUAAACCCAGGGGUAAAAACUCCAAAAGAAACGCUUAAAAACUACUCUUCUACCUUAGAAGAAGCUAGAGCAGAUUUAGUGGGUCUUUAUUACAUUAUGGAUCAAAAGUUAGUUGAUUUAGGACUAAUUGAGACGUUAGAUGUAGGUAAAGCUGAAUACGAUGGGUACAUCCGAAAUGGAAUGAUGACCCAAUUAUCUAGAUUAGACCUAGGCGCUGACAUUGAAGAAGCUCAUAUGAGAAACAGACAAUUGGUUGCCUCAUGGGCUUUUGAGAAGGGAGCAGAAGAAAAUGUAAUUUCUAAAGUGAAGAAAGAGGGGAAAACAUAUUUUGAGAUUAACGAUUAUGCUAAGCUAAGAGACCUGUUUGGUCAACUUCUUAAAGAAAUUCAACGAAUUAAAUCAGAGGGAGAUUUUGAAGCGGGAAAAAAUUUAGUUGAAAACUAUGGAGUUAAAGUAGACCAAGAAAUUCACAAAGAAGUAUUAGACAGGGUUAAGCCUUUAAAUAUUCAGCCUUACAGAGGAUUUGUAAAUCCUAAAAUUAUUCCUGUUAUGAAUGACGAGGGAGAGAUCACUGAUUUUAAGAUCGAGUAUCAAAACUUUGAUGAACAAAUGCUCGAAUACGCUAAGAAAUUUGCUUAUUUACCCGAGUACAAUUAA